AUGCGGCAGUUGUGGCAACGAGGGCGUCGGCAGCGUAGGUACCCUCGUCAACACGAAUUUGGCUAUGAACAUCGAUUCGUACGAAAGCUUGACAAUUCGAAUCGGACAAUGUGCGUUGCCUACGCACCAUCAUCAAGCUACCAAGGAGAGCAGUUAGAAGUGUUUAAUAUGGAUUUGAAGAAGCUCUACAAAGGAGAUCAUAUUUUCUUCAAGGUCAUCGCCGGUGAUUUCAACGCCAACAUUGGUCCCAGCAAAAGACGGCUGAUUAGCUCCACAUCGGGACUCACGGAAACAAUGGAUCGAGCAAGAUGA